AUGUCCACUGGACUAGAAAUCAUCUCGCUCAUCAACGGCUCGAUUGAGAUCAUCAAGUUGAUCAAGCAGAUUUAUGACACAAUCAAGACAUUCGAUGGACUUCCCAAAGCAUUCGACGAAGUCAACGAGCAACUGCCUCUUGUGUAUGACUCACUCACGCGUGCCAAGGAGGGAGUCCCCCAGCUCGAUACCCCGACGAAAACUUCUGUUGAGAUGACGCUGCAACAAUGCGAGAAGAAGUUCCGGGAGCUCCUGAAUAUAUUCGAGGCUCUCAAAGAGGCUCAGGGUCACUCGAUAAAGAAGGUAUACAAGCGAGUGGUGCUCACAAUCGGCAAACGCGGCCGAGUGGAAGACUUGAUGGAAGACAUCUUGUCUUCCAUCAAGAAUCUCUCUCAGAACAAGGUGUUCCAGCUUGCAGAUCAGGUCGAUAUUGUGCAGAAGGCUCUGGACAGGCUAGCUCAGGUAGUUCCGUCCAUUGCAGAUAGCGAGAUGGAAUCGAUGUUCGGAAGCACAGGCGCUCAGCAGAUCGGCGAUAAUAACGUUCAGAAUUGGGCGGCUGGGGAUGGCGAUGCCUUCAAUGUGACAGGUGGAACUGUCAACAAGGGGGAAACCUUCACUCAGACCAACCACUACGACAAUAAGGCCAAAUCCACUGUCUUCCAAGAUUCAUUGACACAAUGGAGCUCAAUAGAACGCCGGAGUGCCAAUGCGAAGAACACAGGACCUGGUAAUCAAGCACUGCAUCAAGGGGAUGGAAAUCACAAUGUCAUGACAGGUUGCAACAGUAUGCAGCAAAACAUUUAUGCGCAGAACAUCUACAACUGUGGUCUCAUCAUUGACUGGCUCCUUCUCCAGUCUCGAUUGGACUUUCUCGAAUACCACAGGGUACUUCUUGGCCAACUUGCACCAGGAACCGGGGAAUGGGUUCUUACACGCCAAGAAUUUCAGGCCUGGAAAACCCCUACAAAUCCAUCCCGAUGUUUGUUGAUGCACGGAAUCUUUGGAUCCGGCAAAACGAUGCUGGCCGCAUUUAUCGUGAACUCGAUUGAAAAAGAUAUUCGUGGAACUGGUCGGGACAGCUGCAUCUACCUCUACUUUCAAAAUAGUGAAGACCACCAGCCAACGGUCUCAGACAUUCUCAUCAAUCUGCUGAAACAGCUUCUGCAACAACAACAGACCGAGGCCAUUAAAGGCGAGCUGAAGGAUAAGUACGACUACUGGUGCCGUACAAAGAUCUUUCCCGGCUCAUCCGACUACCUCGACCUAUUCAAGGCUGAAAUUGCGGACCUUGGUACAGUAUACCUUGUUAUUGAUGCCUUCGAUAAUUGCCAGAACGAACAAACCAGGAACGAGAUGCAUAAACUAGUCAAAGAAUUGCCAUCCAAUGUUAGGACUCUGUUCACUACAAGGACAGUCAUUGGUCUUGAGCUCUCAAGGCCUCAAAAACUGCACGUUGUCCCAAAUAAAGACGACAUCACGAAUUACGUUAAGUGGCGGAUUCAGAAUGACUUCAUGCGACGGAGGAUAGAGGGUCUUGAUCCUAUGCUCGAACGAGUCAUUAUCCGCGAAAUCAUAGCAGCAUCCAAGGGCAUGUUUCUUUUGACUAAACUGCAUAUGGACGUCCUGUGUGAGCAAGGAACUGUUGGUGGUAUUAAAUCUGCUCUGAAAGAACUACCCGGCAAUGAAUCUGGCGCAUUUGCAGCCUCCAUCCGGCAAAUUGCGAGGAAGGAGAAAGACAAACCGUUUGAACGCGGUCUGGCCAAGCAUGUUCUGACUUGGAUCAUGCACGCGAAAGAGCCCUUCGCCCCCGACUUGAUCAAAGAGAGCUUUGCUGUUCAAUACAGCAAAGGGCGUCUAAAUAAUGACUACAUACUGGCAGAAGUUGAUUGGACGUCAGUAUGUGCCGGUUUGGUCGUUAUGGACAUAGAGACGCAAGUACUUUGCCUGGUGCACGAGUCAGCUGGGAAGUACUUGUUGGAACAAGACAUCAUACCACGACAAGCUGACUUGGACAUGGCGAAGACGUGCCUGAAAUACCUUCUGUUUGAUAAACCUGGCAAAUAUACAAAGCGCUCUUUGUUUAAAUAUGCAGCCAAGCACUGGGCGACUCAUUUUCUCCUCGGUGGGCAAGAUGACGUACAGACAGCUGAAUUGGCGUUGGAAUUUCUCAGGAAUAGUGUCAAGGAUAAGCAGGCAUUCCAAGCCAUGGCCGGUACGGAUGGCUCAGCGUUCGAUGGUAUAACGGGUCUGCAUGCCGCCACAUACUUUAACCUUCCGGGAUUGGCCAAGCGUCUCAUUGACGAGGGAGUUGAUAUUAACGCGUCGUGUUCCAAUAAGCAGACAGCCCUACACUGGGCUGUCCAGUACAACAGACCCGCUCUUGUGGACUUGCUGUUGCAACAAGAGACGGUAGAUCCCAAUAUUCAGGAUGAGAAUGGCGAUACCCCACUCCAUGUCGCCGUCAUAUGGUCUAUGGAGAACAGUGAUAGCAUCGUUGACAAGCUGGUGACAGGCAAAGCACGCCUUGACAUUCGUGGCGGCAAAGGCUUCACUCCAUUAUCAUGGGCAAUACGCUACGGACCUCUAUCGAUUACAAAGAUAUUGAUCAACAGCCUGGUGGAUGUGAAUGCAGAGUUCUGCGAGGGCUGGUCUCCACUGAGGCAAGCCAUGUUUUACAGCCCAAGCGACAUUGUGGAUUUAUUGUUGAGGAAGGGGGCUGAUCUGAACCGUCCCUCCGUUGUUGACGGAUGGACGCCACUGAGGCACGCAGUCGAAUGGAAAAAUGUACACAUGGUUCAGCGCCUACUAAGCAGAAAAUCUCAUCCCGUGAACGUGAAUGCAAAGUUCGACAACGGAUCAAACUCACUGUUAGAGGCAGUGAAGGGACAGAAUCGGUACAUUGUCUGGAUGUUGCUGGAGAGAAGGGCGGAACUUGAUCAUCAGGAUGGGAACGGGAAGACCGCCCUUCACCAUGCAAUUGAACUUGAGGACAGAUCAAUAAAAUGGCUCUUGGUUACAAAGAAUGCUAGCCUGAUUCCUCGCGAUAAGCAUGGACUCAACGUUCUCGAUUGGGCGAUAGAGCACAACGACCUCUCCAUGGCAUGGCUGCUCUGUGAAAGCGGGGCCAAUAUAGAUGCUGUCAAUGAAAAAGGCAUGACAGUGCUCCAUCGUGCUUCGGGACGGGGCCUUCUAGAGGCUGUACGGUUUCUUCUGGGAAGACACGCGAGCAUGGAUCCAGAGGAUGAAAAUGGAUGGACGCCUUUGCACUAUGCCGUGAUGGAGGGCCAUGAGAGCAUCGUCAAGCUGCUUGUAUCGAUGGGAGCUAAGGUGGAUAUACAAGAUAAGGGCAGACAAACGGCCCUCCACCACGUGGUAUUAGCCACUAUGGAAGAUGUGCCACGCGCCAGCAUGAUCGAUCUUCUUCUGCAGGCGGGUGCAAGUCGCGAGGUUCUGGACAACCAAGAGCGAACACCUCUGAUGCUUGCCGCGCAUCUAGGCAAAGACAAUAUUGCCUACCAGCGCUUGAGGCAAAGGGAAUAA